AAUACACUUUCAAAAGAAUUGAUACCUCCCCUUGGACUCUGGCAGGACUCAUGUAAUUGGAAACUAAACGCUCGGUGCCAUAUGGUCUUCGGGCUCCAUUUCAUGAUGAAGCAUGACACACCCACCGUAACAAGGAGAACCCUUGACCGUUCAGCAGUAACAAACACUGCCAAUCAAAUCACAUCGUGACCCAAUUCCCAACAUGGACAUCGAAAACCUUUCAGAUGUGCAGCGAGUUUUCGCCGUCUCCGAACUCCUCGAGCACAUCCUCCUGAACCUCCCCAGCCAGCUCCUCUCCAUCUUAGAUAACGAAGACCCCCGCUCAGUACGAGUGUACAACAACGCCCGCAUCCUCAGCCACCUGCUCCGCCUAACCGAAGUCAACCGACAAUGGCACCAAUGCAUCCACGGCUCCAAACGUCUCCAACGCGCUCUUUUCCUCCAAGCCGAUUCGAAACCCGGCCGCCCCUCCGUCACCUCCUCUCCUGCCUUCUCCCGCCGGCGGAAACUCAUCGCCCCUACGCUCAGCCUCACUAUUCCCUGGUUCCCACAACUCAACCCAAUCAUCCAAAGCACCUUUCCCUCUUACCACUUCCGCUUCUGGCGUUCAACUCUGCCCCUGGUCCUGGAAGCUCAGCCGGGUGGACACAUGUACUCCUUCGAGGAACCGAAAGGCCAGGGGCUGGAUUGCUUCGCGCUCAUGAUUUUCCGCUGCGAUGUGCCGGCCAUCAAGCUGCGCGCCAUCACCGGGCAGGGCCGGAGCAUCUCGAAGAUGCAACUUUCGAAACCUCCGUGUGUGGCGCUGCAGUGCAGCAUUUGGGACGAGCGAGACGAGACGAGGGACUACGUGGGCUUGACGAAAAGUCUCGCCCCGUCGGUCAUUCGGUCUGACGAGGGUGUCACGCUUGGGAUGGUGCACGAGGCGGCGAGCAAGUGUUUCGACGAGUACCGCGAUGUGAGCUGCAUCAAGUUUACGACGUCGACGCCGUUGGGCGGGUGGUUUGAACUGGCGAGCAAUAUUACGAAUUAGGAGCGGCCACUGUCGUUGGUUAUGAUUAAUGUUGAAUUCACGAAGUAUCAAAC